UUAUCGAAAGUAACAAUCCCGUGUAUCUCACUUUAAUCAUAUCAGAAGUGACCUCUGCCAACUAUGGAGAGAAUUCAACUUAUUUCAUAAUCAACAGAGCCAAAUACGAUCGUUGUUAUGUCAAGAAAUUUUCCCUAUCAUAAACCUAUAAACGAUGUUUUCAAGAAGACCCAUAUCGACCUUCUUAUUAAAACGUUGUUUUUCCAGCAAACAGAGUGCUGGUGAGAAAACAGCUUUGUAUGAUUUCCACGUUGAAAAUGGCGGAAAAAUGGUCAACUUUGGGGGUUUUCUCCUGCCCGUCCAGUACAAUGAUUUGGGAAUUGCUGCCUCACAUAUUCACACUAGGAACAAUGCGUCUAUAUUCGACGUUUCGCACAUGUUGCAAACCGAAAUAAAAGGCAAGGGGUGUUUAGAUUACUUCGAAUCUAUAUGUACUACAGACUUGAAAAAUUUGUUGGAAAAUUCAUCGGUCUUGACGGUUUUCACAAAUGAAAGUGGGGGCAUUUUGGAUGAUCUUAUUGUGACGAAAAUUAAUGAUGAACAUUUGUACGUUGUAUCGAACGCUGCCAUGAAGCAUCAAGAUCAAAAAAUCAUGUUCGACGCUAUGAAAAACUAUAACAAGAGAUCGAAUACAGAAAUAAACCUCAAAUUUUACGAACCAAAAGAGCGAGGUCUAAUAGCUCUACAAGGACCGAAAGCGGCAAGUGCACUCGAAAAACUGACAGAUAUUGACGUAUCCAAACUUUUCUUCAUGACGUCAUCUAUCGGACAAGUGGGAAAUACGAGAGGUUGUAGAAUUACCAGGUGUGGAUAUACUGGAGAGGAUGGCUUCGAAAUAAGCAUACCUGCUGAGAAACAAGUAGAGGUAACAAGAACUUUAUUGGAACAAGAAGACGUUAAGUUAGCAGGUCUUGGAGCAAGGGACUCCCUAAGAUUGGAAGCUGGACUUUGCCUUUACGGAAGCGAUAUCGACCAAAACUCAACUCCUGUAGAAGCAGCCCUCACUUGGCUAGUUCCUAAAUCGAGAAGACAAGCAGCCAACUUUCCAGGUGCUCAGAAAAUUCUAGACCAAAUCAAGGAAGGCUCUGUCAGGAAACGAACAGGCAUAGUAUCCAGCUCCGGUCCACCAGCACGCCAUGGUACCAAGAUACUAGAUGAGGACCACAAAGAAAUUGGCGAGGUCACUUCUGGAUGUCCAGCGCCAAGCUUAGGAAAGAACGUCUCUAUGGGUUACUUACCUACGGAGAAGAGCAAAUCUGGUACAAAGGUCGUGUUGAAAAUUAGGGAUAAAUUUUACGAGGGGUUGGUUUCCAAAAUGCCUUUCGUACCGAGUCGUUAUUAUGUCAAACCUAGAGGAGAUAAAUAAACAGAUAUAAUUAUUUCA